GACAGCGAAGGCUUUGAUUUUUCCAGACGAUUACAACGCGUCUAAUUUUUUUUACUGGUUGUAUUAAGUGUCUGGAGUUUGUUGCCUAGCAGCCUGAAAAUGUCUCCUGAUUGGUUGAUAGCUCGCACUCUCUCCAGCGCGUCUUAAAACGCUUGUGAAAGGUGCACCAGCGCGCUUCAGAACUGUUCCGAACUCUGGUGAACCUGUGAAACCGUGAGCUGCAUCGGUUCUUCACUGUGAACAUUUUGGAACAUUCGGUUUGCAUUAUGUACUUGAGUUUAUCGACGGAGGAUCAACAUCUUUUGAAGUGGGAACAGAGUAAAGAGACAGAUGGAUCCAGCUCACCUCACACAAGCGCUUUCAGUGUAGGCUUAUAGGCUGAAGGGUUCACCGUUACCCAGAACACCAUGAUCACGGAUUCAUCAAGUCCGGCAGAGUUCUACGAGGACAACGCUUCGCUGUUGUCCUUGGACUCUAGCGUGUUUUUCAGCGAGCCCGCGCUUCCAAGUGACGAUCCACUGGACUUCUUCAUUAUAAAUGUUGGAGGCAGCCGCUACAUCCUCUCUCAGGAACUGCUGGCCUCUCACCCAGAGACUCGCCUGGGCAAGCUGGCACUCUCCAGUCGAGACUCUGCUUUGGAUCUGUGCGACGAUGCAGAUUUCUUGGAGAACGAGUUCUUCUUUGACCGCAACUCGCAGACCUUUCAGUACAUCAUGAACUUCUACAAGACAGGUCACUUGCAUGUGCGAGAGGAGCUGUGUGUGAUUUCGUUCCUUCAGGAGAUUGAAUACUGGGGCAUUGAUGAGCUCCGCAUAGACAGCUGUUGCAGAGACAAGUACUACCGCAGGAAGGAGAUGAAGGAGUCGUUGGAUAUUCGUAAGGAUGCUGAUGUAAUGGAUAAUGAGGAGGAGGACUUCACCGGUGUUUUGUGCCAGGACUUACGCCAGCGUCUAUGGGACAUUAUGGAGAAGCCAGACUCCUCUAAGGCAGCCAAAACUUUUGGAACGCUAUCCAUGUUCUUUGUGGUGGUGUCCAUCGUGAACAUGGCUCUGAUCUCACUGGACUUCGCUAUACUUGGUGCACCCAUCAUCUUGGACGCUCUUGAGUACAUUUGUAUCAUUUGGUUCACCGGUGAGCUGGUGCUCAGGUUCAUGUGUGUUAGAGAUAAAUGUAGGUUCAGCAGGAGUGUGGUGAAUAUCAUUGACCUACUGGCUAUUCUGCCCUUCUAUGUGACUCUGGCUGUGGAGAGCCUGCAUGGAGGAUCUACGGAGUUGGAGAACGUUGGACGGGUAGUUCAGGUGCUGCGGCUAAUGAGGUCUCUGAGGAUGCUUAAACUUGGCCGACACUCAACAGGUCUAAAGUCUUUGGGUAUGACGAUCGCCCAAUGCUACGAGGAAGUUGGCCUCCUAAUGCUGUUUCUUUCUGUGGGCAUCUCCAUCUUCGCCACAGUGGAAUACGCCAUUGAACACGACAUGCCAGAGACCACCUUCACCAACGUACCCAGCGCCUGGUGGUGGGCCACCACGUCUAUGACCACGGUCGGGUACGGAGACAUCCGUCCGGACACGGCGCUAGGAAAGGUAAUGGCCUUCAUUUGCAUCCUAUCCGGCAUUCUUAUUCUCGCGCUGCCUAUCGCCAUCAUCAACGAUCGGUUCUCCGCCUGCUACUUCACGCUUAAAAUGAAGGAAGCGGCGCUGCGGCACGGGGAGGCGCUGAAGCGACUGACGCGCAGCUCGGCCUCGGAUAUGUCGGCGAUAGGGGUGAACCUGCGGGACGCCUACGCCAGAAGCGUGCUGGAGAUGCUGCGGCUGCAGGGGCGAGAGCGAGCCAGCACACGCAGCAGUGCAGGAGAUCUCUGGUGGUAACAAUAGGCCUGCAAGCUGGCGGAGAGAGAGACUGAGAGAGAACAAGUGAGUGUGAGAAUGACCUCAUAAGAAAUCAAAAUUUGUUUUAUCUCUUUGUAGAGUUUAUUGCAUUAGGAAAACAUACUGUAACUUGCCUCAAAUUUCUUUAUUUGAAUCAUACAGCAAAAACAACUGAACGUUCUCAUGUUUCUGAUGCCACAGAUCUAACUUUGUGAUUCUGUAACAAUCUAAUGCAGCUUUGCAAAGUGGCUAAAGUUGUAAAACUGUAUUAGAAAUGAGCGCAAACCUGCAGCUUGCAGAUAAAGUGCUGCUGCUCUUUUCACAUGCAAAUGGGGCAUUUCUUAAUGUUGCAAUGUAAUGGAAGUAGCAACAGAUCUUUUCUUCCAUACUGUGAUGUUAAUUAUCGAAAAAGGCUACUUGGUUCAGUUGUUGACUGGAUGGAGGCAGUCAAUUGUAAGAAAGCGGUAGAGUGGUAGUUAAGCCAAAAAUGGCAAUUCUGUCAUCAUUUACUGACUUUCAUGUCGUUUCAAACCUAUGUGACUUCCGUUCUUCUGCACUCUUAGAAAUAAAGGUUUUAAAAGGGUAUUUUUGCAGGGAUCCAUAGAAGAACUAUUUUUGGUUCCCCAAAGAACCUUUCAGUAAACAGUUCCUAAAAGUACCAUUUUGCAGAACAUUUAAAAAAACUGCAUUUGAAAGGUUCCAUGGAUGUUCAAUGUUCUUUAUAGAACCAAUGAUACCAAUAAAGAACCUUUAUUUUUAAAGAGUGUGUGGAAUUUAGAAUGUUUGGGUUCUCAUUGACUUUCAUAGUAUGGAUGAAAAAUACACUGGAUGAAGAUGGGAACCAAAACCAAUUGAUUACCAACGGUGCUCAAAAUGUCUUCAAAAUGACAUGAGGGUGAGUAAAUAAUCAAGUUAUUACAUUUUGAUUAAAGAUUGUGAAGUCAAAAAAUGUUUAAAAAUGAAACUUAUAUAGUUGAAUCAUUCAGAAUAAGAUUAAUAACAUGCAUUUAGAAAAUAGAUGAAGAUUUCAUGGCAUUUAAUGGCAACUUUAAACGCACAAGCAGCAAAAACAAGACCAUUUAACAGAGUAGAAAAUGGUCUUAAAUUACAAUUGUUAUUAUAAAUGAUAAAAUAAUGAAUCUAAAUUGUUGUAUACAUUUUAUUUUUAAAAACUUGACAUUGAACCUCAGGGAAAAAUGUAAAUGUUAAAGUCAAAAGUAUAUAAAAGGGAUAGUUCACGCAAAAAUGAAUAUUACCCCAUGAUUUACUCACCCUAAAGCCGUCGCAGGUGUAUAUGACUUUCUUCUUUCAGACGAAUACAAUUGGAGUUAUCUUAAAAAAUGUCCUGGUUCUUCCAAGCUUUAUAAAGGCAGUCAAUGGCUGUUGUGAUUUUGAAGUCUAAUAAACUGCAUCUAUCCAUUACAAAAAGUACUCCACACAGCUCUGGGGGGUUAAUAAAGGUUAUCUGAAGCAAAUCGAUGCAUUUUUGUACUAUAUAAACCAUAAUCUCUAGCUUUGUCUAACUGUCGUAAUCAUGUGCACAAGAGUGGCGUUUUAGCAGAUAACUUUAUUAGACUUUAAAAUCUCAACAGCCAUUCACUGCCAUUAUAAAGCUUCUAAGAGGACAUUUUUAAUAUAACUCUGAUUGUAUUAGUCUAAAAGAAGAACGUUAUAUACAUUUAGAAUGGCUUGAGGGUAAGUAAAUCAUUGGGUAAUUUUCAUUUAUGGUUAAACUAUCCUUUUAACACUCCUUUUAAGGUGAAGUGUAUGAUUUCUGCACCACUAAUGGCACAAAACAGAAUUGCAAAAAUAAAGACAUAGUCAAACAUGUUUGCCAAACACUGCCAUUGGCUGGACAACAGUUGGCCCCACCCCAAAACUCGCACUAUUGGUUGAAUCAGUGUUGUUAUGCUGCUUAAAGAACCAAAGCAAUUCACAUUUUGACUGAAUCAACCUUUGAAUGACUUCAAAUUGUCUCUGCACGUUAAGCUGGGAGAUGUAUUUUAAUGUGAAAUUACAAUCAACAAAAUGAUUUUUCAAAAUUGCUACAUGCCUAAUCCGUUCAUCUUUGUGCAACCCAUAGAUUGUUUGUAAUAUAAAUAGUUUUUACUGUUCCAU